CAAAAGACUAAAAUAAACCUAAAGUCGUCUUAAAGUCAAGUUUAAUUUUAGAAUCAUUACAUUAAAAGGAUUUUUUUUCUUUUAAUCAUCUGAAAUCUUUAGUUCGGAGUUUGUGUUUUGUGUCUAUAACUUGCAAACAUGUCUCGCGUAACUCGAAGAAAGCACGUAAUGGGUGAAGAUACGUGGAGUGAUGAUGAGCUGCCGAAAGAGAAUCAAAGCAUUGUCAAAGUGUUGAAAAAUAGAGGAAACAAUCUACAUGCGGUAAUUACUCCGACUGGAGAAGAAUAUUUAGUAUCCAUGCCUACAAAAUUCCGAAGAAACAUAUGGGUGAGGAGAGGCUCAUUUCUCGUUGUAGAACCGAUACCAGAAGGAGGCAAAGUAAAAGCGGAAAUUGUGAAAAUAAUGAACAAAAACUCUAUAACAUAUUAUAAAGAAAAGAAAGUGUGGCCAAAAGAGUUUGACGACAUUCAGGAAACAAGCGAUGGUGAUGAUCAUUAUGAGGUCUACUAUGUAUUUGAAGACAACAAUGAAGAUGAAGAGCCGAUUGAAAGUGAAUCGGAUGACGAUGACUAUGAUGACGUUAGUACUGACAGUGAAGCGGAACCGUGGGAUUAUUCGGAAACGGACAGUGGGCACGACACUGAUGAAUAAUUUUUAAUAUUGUACAUGUUUAUAACUAUUUUCAAGGUUUUGACCAAAUCUUUUCCCACUAGAUUCUUAUGGACCAAUGCAUUUGAGCAAUGUUUUGCUUAAUCUUACCUCAAAUUUGAGGCAACUACGGCCCAAUGGCAAAUGCACCGGAGUGUUCUUAUUUGUGUAAAUCCGUUCUUUGGAAAGACAAGGGCAAAUAUUCUAAAACUAAAUUGAAUAUCCUCUAUGUAAUCCUAGAGACUAGUGUUCUCAAUAUAUAACUAAUUUUUAGAGUUUUUGCCCUAUAUAUUGUUGUCUUACCAAAGAUGUAGCCAUGUAGUACAUUUUUA